AGCAACAGGGAAAAUGGCAGCCCUCACCACCCUCACUCAGCUGUCGAGUGGGAACCCAAUGUACGAAAACUUUUACAGACAGGUCGAUCCAGGAAACACAGGGAGGGUUGGCCCUACAGAGGCUGCUUUGUUUCUGAAGAAAUCAGGCCUGCCGGAUAUCACUCUGGGAAAGAUCUGGGACCUCGCUGAUCCAGAUGGAAAAGGUUUCCUGGACAAGCAGGGAUUUUAUGUUGCUUUGCGGCUCGUGGCCUGCGCACAGAGCGGACAGGAUGUCUCUCUUGCAAGUUUAAACCUCACUGUCCCGCCUCCUAAAUUUAAGGACCCUAGCAGCCCAUCAUUAAGUGGUGUUUCAUCAACAGACAGUCACUGGGCCGUUAGACCUGAAGAGAAAAGCAAGUUUGAUGGUAUUUUUGACAGUCUUGUGCCUGUAAAUGGGUUACUUUCUGGAGAAAAGGUCAAACCAGUUCUUAUGAACUCAAAGCUGCCAGUGGAUGUGCUAGGAAAGGUUUGGGAUUUGAGCGAUAUUGAUAAAGAUGGGCACCUAGACAAGGACGAGUUUGCAGUCGCCAUGCACCUGGUGUACCGAGCUCUGGAGAAGGAACCUGUUCCCUCCAUUCUACCCUCCUCCCUCAUCCCUCCAUCCAAACGCAAGAAGUCUGUGGGCUCCUUAUCCAGCAUGGCACCUGUGUUGCCAGGAAGCCCACCUCCUCCUAAAGACAGCCUGCGAUCCACACCAUCACACGGCAGCAUGAACUCACUGAACAGUGCUGGGAGUCUGUCACCUAAACACACACUCAAAUCCACACAGCACUCCGUAAACUGGGUAGUGCCGGUAGCAGACAGAGGACGCUAUGAUGACAUCUUCCUCAAAACGGACGCCGACCUUGAUGGCUUUGUCAGCGGCCAAGAAGUGAAAGAGAUCUUCAUGCAGUCUGGCCUUCCACAGAACAUUCUGGCACAUAUAUGGGCUUUGUCAGACACACGGCAGAUUGGCAAGCUGACCCGAGAGCAGUUCACCCUGGCCAUGCACUUCAUUCAGCAGAAAGUGAGCAAAGGAGUGGAUCCUCCACAGGCCCUGACCCCGGACAUGAUCCCUCCGUCGGAGAGAGGAACUCCCAAUAUGUCAGGGUACAUGACCCCUGUAGGCUCGGAGAUGGUAGCCCUGACCGAAAUGCGCAGAGACAGCUCCAGCUCUGUGGGGUCUGGUGAAUUUACAGGAAUCAAAGAACUGGAUGAUCUAAGUCAGGAGAUUGCUCAGCUGCAGAGGGAGAAAUACACACUGGAGCAAGACAUCAGGGAGGCAGAGGAAGCCAUAAGACACAAAACUACUGAGGUUCAGGAAAUGCAGAAUGAUCUGGACCGAGAGACGUGCAGUCUGCAGGAGCUGGAGGCCCAGAAGCAGGACGCUCAAGACCGACUGGAUGAGAUGGACCAGCAGAAGGCCAAGCUGGAAGACAUGCUCAAUGAAGUGCGACAGAAGUGCCAGGAGGAGUCUCAAAUGAUCUCGUCACUCCAAAGUCAGAUCCAUUCUCAGGAAUCGGACCUGCUGAACCAGGAGGAGGAACUGAGUCGAGCUAAAGCAGACUUGACUCGGCUACAGCAGGAGGAGAGCCAGCUGGAGCAGAGCUUGCAGGCCGGCAAAAUCCAACUCGAAACCAUCAUUAAAUCCCUGAAAGCCACACAAGACGAGAUCAACCAGGCUCGCAGCAAGCUCUCUCAGAUCCAGGACAAUCAGCAUGAGAUAAGCAAAAGCAUCGAGCAGUACAGCAGCGCUCUGAAUGGCACACAUGGAGGCAGCAUGACUAACCUGGCCGACAUGAGUGAGGGGUUCCCCGACAAGGAGAAUGGGGGCUUUGGGGUUAUGGACGACCCAUUUAAAGUGAAGACGAGUGUGUUCAGCACAAACUCUCAGGAGAUGCACACAGACCCUUUUCAGUCUGAAGACCCAUUCAAAUCCGACCCUUUUAAAGGUGAUCCCUUCCAGAACGAUCCUUUUGCCAAGCAGCCUCCCACAGCAGCAGAUCCAUUUGGUGGAGAUCCGUUUAAAGAGACAGACCCAUUCAAGACCACCUCAGAAGACUUCUUUAAGAGGCCAGCCAAGGCUGAUCCCUUCACCAGCUCUGACCCUUUCAGUAAAAGUGCCACUCUUCCGGUAAAGUCUCAUCACUUCUCGAGCAGUGACCCUUUCGCUUCCACCAGCCCCAAACACAAAGGCUCAGACCCAUUUGGGACUCUGGACCCCUUUGGAAGCAGCUCAUUUGGCAGCAACAGUGGCUUUGCUGAUUUCAGUCAGAUGUCAAAGCAGACCUUCACUGACGACCCCUUCAACCAAAGCCAGGACACCCCAGCUCUCCCGCCCAAGAAGACCAUACCACCUCGGCCCAAGCCUCCCAGUGGUAAAAGCACUCCAACUAACCUAUCUGGAUCUGCGGAUUCAGCCAAGACGAGCGAUCCCUUCCAGCCCUUUGGCUCUGACGCUAACGACCCGUUUCAGAGUAAAAAGGGGCUCGGGGACCCAUUUAGUGGCAAAGAUCCGUUUGCUCCAUCUGCUUCAAGUAAAGCCACUAAAGAUUCUUCCUUGGGUUUUGCAGACUUCAGCUCUUUUGGGAAUGAGGCACAGCAGAUGGAAUGGGCCAAGCGUGAGAGCGAGAGAGCUGAGCGCGAGAGGCUGAAGAGACUCAGGCAACAGGAGCAGGAGGACCUGGAACUGGCCAUUGCGCUCAGCAAAGCCGAGAUGAAUAACACCUGAAUUCUGGCUUCUCCCUCUCACUGACCAUCUUUAUUCCGCUGCAGAAGAGGAAAGAGUGCAUAUAUAUAAUGUGUGUGUGUGCACGCGUGAAAGAGAGCAAGCGAGCGAUGACGUAUGAGUGAGAUGCGUAUGAUGAGAGAAAGCGUUUUUAACAUCUUUUAUUUUAUUUUACUGUAAUGAUGGGGCAACCCAUGUGUUAUGUGAAUGGGCUUGUUCAUUCUACAUGCACUGCGUUAACCUGCACUACUCUGACACAUAGCUUAUUUAAGGCAUUUGUGUGUGUUUGUGAGAGAGAGACAGAGAGAACCUGUGAACAGAGCCAGCCAUAAUGAGUUUAAUCAGGAAUAAUAAAAUUCACACACAUUCCCACUUAACCCCAAAGACAUGUUUGGUGUCUCUCAUUUGCACAUUUAAGGGUCUUUUUUUUAAAAAAUAGAGGCCUCUACCCCUAAAAACCUUUUGUGUAAAUAUUGUCCACCUCUUGGCCUUCAGUGAUGUCACCCAGACAUGGUUUAGGACAUCCAAGAAAAGCUGAAAGUUGUUGGCAUUGUUUGGAAUCGUUUCAAGUCAAGUUUAUUUGUAUAGCGCUUUUAACAAUAGACACUCUCACAAAGCAGCUUAACAGAAAAUUAAAGACUUUAAACAUGAGCUAAUUUUAUCCUCUAAUUUAUCCCCAAUGAGCAAGGCUGUGGUGACGGUGGCAAGGGAAAAACUCUCUCAGAUGACACGAGGAAGAAACCGUGAGAGGAACCAGACUCAACCGGGAACCCAUCCUCAUCUGGGUGAUAAGAUAGCAUGAUUAUAAAUAACUUGCUUCUAUAAUAGUGUCCUGUAUCGUCACAAAGUGUAACUGUGUAACCAGGAAAAUCAUUAUAGUUUCAACAUGAAGUCUAUUUUGUUGAAGUUAUUAACUGUUCAUUGAUGGAAACUUAAGUGCAAAACUGUUCAUGACAACUGCAGUCCUAAAGUUAUCAUGGCAAUUGUAGUCCUCAGCCAUCAUAGCAGAACUUUAAGUGUUCAGAGCCAUCUUCUAAUGCCGCUUUUCCACUACCAAUGUGGCUGAGUUGGGCUGAGCCGUGCCGUGCUGAGUCGGGCUGAGUCGAGCUGAGUUGGGCUGUUGGAGUUGCAUUUCGACUACAACCGCGCUGAACCGUGCUGGCUGGAAGUGGGUGGACACAUUGGGUGGAGUUAGCAAAAGUGGGUGGACGUCACGUGAUGUCGUUAGGCAGCGCAAACAGCGACAUCAGUGAUCUUUUAAGCGGUAGUCUCACGACACGGAUAGUAAACAAUAAACAUGGAGGACAUGGAGUCGUUAGUGUUGCUGGUCUUGGUGCUGUGGCUUGUUGUCACCGACAACGCCAACAGAUACUGGCAAGAGCGUAUAGAUGAGGUGAGGCACAUAAGGCUUCAGAAAUUCUCGUAAUUCUUCUUCUUCCGGGUUUGCGGUGUUUACAGAUCCCAGCGUGCUCGCGGGGCGUGUGUGGGCAUGUGAGGACACUCCUCCUCACCAAUCAGUGCACAUGGAGUGUCUCCUCAUGCCCCCAGCCCCACUCGGCUCGGUUUGGCUCGCUUCAGCCCCACUCCAAAACCGUGCGAGUAUUGGGUGCUGAGUAGGGCUGAAGCGAGCUGAGUCAUGCUGCUCUGAGAUAGUCGAAACGCGAGCCGUGUUGGGCUGAAGUGAGCUGAAGCGAGCUGUAGUGAGCUGAAAAAGGGUAGUGGAAAAGGGCCAUAAGUACGACUUUCGACUGUCCAUACGGGGCCAUCCUCCACAGGAGCAGUGUGAUGAGACUCCAGCCAGACGUAGGGCAUCAGGAUGGAUCAGGCGGGUACGAGGAGCAAAAGAGGUCAGCAUCACUGGUGUCUCAGGAUCGACAUGUAACAACAGAGAGAGACAGAGGGAAGAGACGAGAGAGAGAGAAACAUCAUUUAACCUCCCCCUCCCCCCCAAAAAAAAUCUCAACAGCCUAUUGUUUUAAUACAAAACAAAGCCAAAGGACUAACCUUGAAGAACUUGCAUAGUCCUUGUCAACAAAUGAAGAGAACCAGAGGUGAAGGUGGAAGUUGGCAAGCUGUGAAAAGUACAGUAUUGUCCACUUUUAGAGCUACAUGCUCGGAAAAAUGUGCAAUCUGACAGAGCUGAGGCAAGCCCCCAAAACACACACUGAGUUCUUUCAGAAGAAGCGUAAUCUGGAGAAAGGUCAUUGGCUGCUGACCUUCAUGAUGGUAGAGUCAUGGAGAGUCACCUUUUUCUUGGACAGAAUUCUCAGAGACCUGAAGCAUAUGAAGCCAGUCAACCACAUCUUUUCAAACUGCUGCAUCACAGGACAGCAUAAUACCCUCUGAGGAAAGUGCAGUCUGCCCUCUUCCACAUACAGUUGUGGUCAGAAGCUUACAUACACUCAUCAUGGGCAUGAAUGU